UUUUUUUCUAACUUGCGACGACUACGUCUGGCCGUUGUGCUCUGCUGCCGCCAUUGUACGAUCGAACGACUCCCCCUCCUUCGUCCGCCCAACCGGCCGGCGCCUCCUUUUCGCCAGACACAACACAUCGUCCUUCACAGCAGACCAUGAACGGCUUCCCGUCAAGUACGCCGCCCGCGGGCGGGUCCGGCGCGGGCGCGAUGCUGCCGGGCGGCACGUCGCAGGACCCCAACGUCAGAGCUGUACGUGCGCCGCCGCCGGCCCCAUACUCGCGAUGCUGGGAUGCCCCGCGGAACGGGGGGCACGUCCGUCCCCGCGCUCAGAGCGUGGUGGUACGAAGUCGAUGGCUGAUGCUAACCCGCUUUCUUCAACAGGUACAAGCCGCGAUGGAGUCGUGCAUGGGCAAGUCAGUCAUGUCGGGCGUCAUGGGCUUCGGCAUGGGCGGUCUGUUUGGCAUGUUCAUGGCCUCUAUGUCCUACGACACCCCCUUCGGCAGCCCCGUCACCAACUCCGCCGGGCAGAACCUCACGUCGAUGCCCCUCCGCCAGCAGCUCAAGGCCGGCUUCAAGGACAUGGGCACGCGCUCCUACUCCAUGGCCAAGAACUUCGGCAAGGUCGGCGCUCUCUUCUCGGGCAUCGAGUGCGGCAUCGAGGGCCUGCGCGCCAAGAACGACCUCGCCAAUGGCGUCGCCGCCGGGUGCCUCACCGGCGCCAUCCUCGCCAAGAACACGGGCCCCACGGGCAUGGCCGGCGGGUGCGCUGCGUUCGCCGCGUUUAGCGCCGCCAUCGACGCCUGGAUGAGGCAGCCCAAGGAGGACUAGAGGGUCGGGAACCAACCGGCCGUCCCGCUUGGAGGCGGAUCGCAUGUAGGUUAAAGAAGAGGAGGCGGGGUUGCCGUGUAGCAUUAUAAAGGGGGGGUGGUGGGUGGCGUCGUUGUUGCUUUCGUGCGGGCGUUUCGGGGUCAUCCUCAUAGAGCAUCUGGGUUAGGCGUUGGGAGAAGUACAUCUCUCCACUUUGGAUUUACGAGGGUUUGGGGGAGGGGGGUUUCGCGGAUAUGCAUCUGCGCAGCGCAUAUAUCCCUGGGCAGUCGUCAUCGGCCGCGUGAGGCACCGAGGCUGCGAGACGCAGCGUGUACAUGCACCAAUAAACAGGCAUGCAUUGGUCUGCCAUCUGUGC